AUGAGUCAUUCAGGAGAUCGUUUCACAGAUAUUGAACUGGAAAAUAAACGCUUACCAGCGUGUUAUGGCUAUCUUAAUUUUAAAUUAUUAUCUCUUGAAGAAGCUAUGAAUGAAUUACAAAAUUUUCUAAAAGAUAUAAAUCGUUUUGUUAAAUUAGCUAAAAGACAUUGUACAGAUCCAAAUGAUCAUAAUUUAACAAAAGAUGAAUCUGCUGCAAUUUAUAUUUAUACAAUGGAACUGUCUGAUGAUUCAAGUGUUUAUCGAAUUUUAAAUCAAACACUUCGUGCAGAAGAUCGAACAAAAGUUCGUCCAUGGUUUGGAUAUCUAAAACUUUUAGAUUCUGCAACAUCAAAAUUACCUAAAUUUAAAGGAACUAUUUUUCGUGGUAUUGAUAAAGAUGUUACUAAAAGUUUCAAAAAAGGUCAACGCAUUACUUGGUGGAGUAUAAGUUCAUGUUCAACAUCUGUUGAUGUUAUUUCUUCAUUUAUUAGUAAAUCUUCUUCAAGUACAUUAUUUCAUAUAGAAUGUUUAAAUGGAAAAUCAGUUUCAUCAUAUACAUGUUAUCCAAAUGAAAAUGAAGUUAUUUUAAUGCCUGGAACAAUAUUUGAAAUUGUGUCAAAUCCAUUAAGUCAUCAUGGUGGAUUAAAUAUUAUUCAUUUGAAAGAAAUUUAUGAUGAUGAUGGCGAUGACCAUGAAGAAUUAUUUGCAUCAGCAAAUCCAAAUUCUUCUCAAUCAAAUCAUUCGUCAAUUAGUACAGCGACUAUAUCAAAAAAUCCAAUAACAAAAUUAUAUAAAAUGUUAACUCAAUCUCGAUCUCGAAUAAAACAAAACCAAAUUCAAGCAAAAAAGAAUACAUAUCAACAAUUUGGAAUUACUGUCGCUGGAGGAAAUGGAAAAGGACAGGAAUUAAAUCAACUCUACUGUCCUUUAGGGAUCUGUAUUGAUAAUAAUAAAUCAAUUUAUAUUGCUGAUUCUCGGAAUCAUCGUAUUGUUAAAUGGAAAUUGAAUUGGAAUACUGGUCAAAUCAUUGCAGGUGGAAAUGGAUAUAGAAAUCAAAAUAAUCAAUUAGAUUCGCCAAAAGAUAUAAUUUUUGAUAAAGAAAAUAAUUCUUUCAUUACUUGUGAUACUGGAAACAUCCAAUUAAUUCGAUAUUUUGAUCAAAAUCAAACAAAUCAACAAACUCUUAUUUCAAAAAUUUAUUGUUGGGGUCUGACAAUGGAUAAAAAUGGAUUUAUUUAUGUUUCUGAUCGGCAGAAUCAUGAAGUAAGACGAUGGAGACAAGGAAAUGAAGAAGGUGAAUUAGUUGCAGGUGGAAAUGGUAAAGGAGAUCAUCUUAAUCAACUUAAUAAACCUCGUAAUAUUUAUAUUGAUGAUGAUUAUUCUCUUUAUAUAUCAGAUAGUGGGAAUCAUCGCGUAAUGAAAUGGAAAAAAGAUGCAAAAGAAGGAGUUAUUGUUGCUGGUGGAAAUGGCAAAGGAAAUAGUCUCAAACAAUUGAAUGAACCUGACGGAGUGAUUGUUGAUGAUUUGGGUCAAAUCUAUGUGGCAGAUUGUCGGAACUAUCGAGUAAUGCUUUGGUGUGAAGGAGAUGAAGAAGGUGAAAUUGUUGUUGGUGGAAAUGGUUGGGGAAGUCAAUCAAAUCAAUUGAAAUUGCCCAUGGGUUUAUCAUUUGAUAAUGAAGAAAAUCUUUAUGUUGUUGAUUGUCGCAAUCAUCGAAUCCAAAAAUAUGAAAAAAUUGGAAAUUAA